UAGACUAUUAAUCAACAGAUUAGGCUGGUUAAUGUAGACUAAGCGUGUUAUAGAUGCCAUUUAUAUGCUGCGCGUUGCUAAUCGAGAAUGCUGAACGUCCAGUUACUGCUGUCCACAUUCUCGCCGGGCACAGACAGCAGCAUCACUAUUUUUAGCUCCGUAGUUGAACAUGCCUCUUUGUAACUGCUCUGAUACGGCGUUAAGAAAUGCAAAUGAGCUAUCUUUACUAUUCAAACAAAAUAUUGUGAACCAAAGUCACGGCAAAUACCGCGUUACAUAAACCGGUGUGCUCCUAGAACCCAUUUGUCCUUACUUGGUAUUUUAAUUCGGAAAGUCCACCUUAAAAACGUGUGUGACCGUUUUAUUUUGGUGGGACUCGGUUCACAAUGUAAAUGUUUAGCAAAAUAAAAGUCUUUGCACAAUAACAGCAAAAUAAAAACAACAAUGCACACAAAGUGCAUGGCUUGUUUUGAUUGAGACACUGCCAGACGUCAAAACAAUCCAUUAUUAUUAUUAUUACUAUUAUUAUUAAAGAAAAAACAAACAUGUAGACAAUACUGUAGUUGAAAAUGUUUACCUGAUUAUUCAUAACAGUAUUGUUUGCUUCUUAAGGUUGUAGUUCACAGUGUCACCCUGAAUAUGUGAUGCUCGUUAUAGAUAAUUAAAAAAAAAAAAAAAAACUGUCCAAUAUUUUUUUUCUUCCCCUCAAAAUAUGAACGAUGAACUACUCACAUGACAUGUUGCUUUUUUAAUUAUUAUUAUUCUCAAAUUCAGUGACAUAACUUAGCAUGAUACAGUAUUAACUUGAUGCUGAUUGAUCCUUUUAGACUUUAGCUCUGAAGAGUUCAGCUAAUCCUGGAUUAGUGUGUACAGAAACCUUGCUGCAGUUGAAGCCAGAACAUUAAAAGGGGCAACCCUGUAGUGAAUGCAUGGUUCUAGUGCAUUGUUUUAAAAGUUAAUAAUAUUAACAUAAAAGGAUCAGCAGUUAUGAUUCAGUUAGCUCUGGAUUUUAUGCUUUUUGCUUCAUGUUAUUUUUCUCCUGCCUUUGGGACUUUGACAUUUCCAUGGCUAAGUCGCGGACCGACCCAAAUGGGGAACCUUACCUCCACUAAUGGGGCUUUGUCCAGUACUGCAUGUGUUCAGUUUGUGCAGGAGGUUGUGGCACAAAACUGCGUUGUCAUAUUUUCCAAGACCAGCUGUCCAUAUUGUAAAAUGGCCAAAAAUGUCUUUAAUGAAAUCGGUGCUGCAUACAAAGUGAUCGAGCUGGAUCAGCACAAUGAUGGAAGGAGACUGCAAGAAGCAUUAGCUCAGAUGACCGGUGCCAGAACUGUGCCAAGAGUGUUCAUCAAUGGGAACUGCAUCGGUGGAGGAUCUGACACCAAGCAACUCCACCAGCAGGGGAAGCUGCUGCCUCUCAUUGAACAGUGCGCUCCCUGCUGUGCUGCAGCGGCCUCUGAAGGCUCAGGCAGCGGACAGUUUGAGUCUGCCAAAUGACUAACCGUUCUAGUAGUUUUAGUAUCCUUUAUAUAUUUAUUGUCUACUUGAUCUUAUGUUAAAUAUCAUAUGCUGCUUGUUCAAAACAGUAUGAUUUGUAUAAUUUCCUUUUUUUUAUUUUAAUUUUUGCAAAAUUGGACUUUCAUAUUGUUUUGCUAUCAAUAUUAUUUGAAUUUUCACAAAAACAGACGCACUAGAUUUAUUCUUUUCCAUGUUGUUCUAAAAUAAAAGAACACUAUUUGUAAUUAUAAUGUGAAUAUUGCAAAUGUAUAUAUUUUUUAUUUGUAGAAAUGUCCCCUACCUUUCAAAAUAAAACUACAUGAAUAUGUUAAA